CCGGAAGUAAGCUAUGUAUAUCAACUAGUUAGUUUGGGGUAACUAUUUAUAACACCAGAAGUACAUUUUCGAGUCAGAAACUACAAGAUGGGAACAACGGCUAGUCAACUCGGAAAGGAUUUGCUAUCAGAAUACCAAGAGCUGACAUUUUUGACGAAACAAGAAAUUCUUCUUGCACACAAGAGAUUCACUGAGCUGCUUCAUAAAGAUCAGAAAGACCCUACUGACAGAGUAUCAAUGAACACGAUUCUUACUCUACCAGAGCUGAAGUCCAACCCUUUCAAAGAAAGAAUCUGCCAUGUAUUCUCAACAUCUGAACACAAAGACGGAGGCCUCACAUUUGAAGACUUCCUGGAUCUUUUGAGUGCCUUCAGUGACUCUGCCACUCUGGAAAUCAAAUCCCACUAUGCAUUUCGUAUAUUUGACUUUGAUGAUGAUGGAACCCUCGAUUACGGUGAUCUGGAGAAGCUGGUUAACUGCCUGACCGGUGAGACACAAGAUACAAGACUAACCUCCGAGGAAAUGAGACAGCUCAUCACCAAUAUUCUUGAAGAGUCGGACAUUGACAAGGAUGGAACCGUCAACCUGUCCGAGUUUCAGCAUGUCAUUUCAAGAUCGCCAGAUUUUGUCAGCUCUUUCAAGAUUGUGCUGUGAUGACCUACUGUGGACUGUGGACAUGGAUCACCCAUUAAUUCUGAUAUCAUGAUGUGUGACUUGCAAAAUUAGAACUUUAGAGAUUUUACUUAAAUUAUAUUUAUCUGUGAAUUUUACCGUAUUAACCCUUUUAUGUAUGUGAAAUAUA